GUGAGAAACCUUUUGAAUGUAACAUUUGUGGGAAACACUUCUCACAGGCAGGUAAUCUCCAGACACAUUUACGUCGACAUUCUGGUGAAAAGCCAUAUAUUUGUGAAAUCUGUGGGAAAAGAUUUGCUGCUUCUGGUGAUGUUCAGCGUCAUAUUAUUAUUCACUCUGGAGAAAAGCCUCAUCUGUGUGAUAUCUGUGGCAGAGGAUUCAGUAACUUUAGUAAUCUGAAGGAGCACAAAAAGACCCAUACGGCAGAUAAAGUAUUCACCUGUGAUGAAUGUGGGAAGUCAUUCAACAUGCAGCGAAAAUUAGUAAAGCACAGAAUUAGGCAUACCGGAGAGAGACCAUACAGCUGUUCAGCAUGUGGGAAGUGUUUUGCAGGCUCUGGUGACCUGCGCAGACACGUGAGGACUCACACAGGAGAAAAACCCUAUACCUGUGAAACUUGUAACAAAUGCUUCACUCGCUCUGCUGUCCUGCGGCGGCACAAGAAGAUGCACUGUAAAGCCGCCGAUGAAGGUCCAAACUCCCUAGAUGAAUUUACUCAAGGGAUUGAAGCUUCUGACCUUGACAAAUCUCAGAGUUCUGACUCUUUUGGCCAAGAAAUGUCUGUUACGUUGUUGCCAGUGUCUGUUAAAUUUCCCGUUCGUCCAUCUGCAGAUUCAACUGAAUUUGAGAGUUCUGCGGAUUCGUACUGUAAGUUGCGGUCGAUGAUUCAGCACCAUGACUCCGCAAACCAACAGAAACUGAAUGUGGAGUCUCCUAAACUCCCAAAAGCUCAGGCACAGCAGACUCCUCCCCCCCCUCCAUAUGCUUACGCAGACGUAGAUGUAUCUUCUGCAGAAGAGCCCUUGCAGUCUGAUAACAUUCCCAUGAUUCGUUCCUCUAUGGUUGGCUUGGACAGUCACUGUAACGAUCCGCUAGGCAGUCGAACGUCAUCUGCUGCAUACAAGAGUAACGAAGGACCCUUCUUCUCCAGCAUGACCCUUUGGGGUUUAGCUAUGAAGACUUUGCAGAACGAAAGCGAAUUGGAACAGUGAAGGCUCCGGUGACCGCAUCUUCCUAGAG